AUGGCGGUGGCUGAGGAGGAGGAGAUCCAGGUGGAUCUCCGCAUGAUCUCCACCGCUUUCCAAAUCCUGGAGAAAUACGGCCGGAAUCUUCUGAACCCUCGCAAACCUUAUUUUUGGCGAAUGGUCAAAUUUAACAAUCCGGUGUUCCGAGAUACGGUGGACACUAUCCAGGGUGGGCGUGACGUCCUCCGGCUGUACGGCUAUUCGGAACAAAAGACCGACGGGCUUUACUUCCCAGAUUCCCAGGUCGAGCCAGACAUUCCUCAAGUGGCAUCCGUCACCGUGGACGUCAUGCUAUUCCGCGCAGAGCUGACCCUUGUCCUUUCGGAAACGCACCCCAACCCUCAGGUGUUGCAAGAAUUAAUGGACCAGGUGUUACAGAUCCAAAGGGCGGCCGAUGCUGGAUCCCCGAGUCCACUUUUAGCCAUGAUUCACGCAGGCAGCCUCUGUAGCAUCCCCUCGGAAACAACUUCCCUACGACCCCCCAGCCUCCCCCCGCUCUCAUCUUCCCGUGCCAUCCCCAGUCCGCGUCCACCCUGGCGGUGCGCAGCUUGUCAGAAGAACAAUGAGGCCUCCUCCAUCCUCUGCACCAAUUGCGACCGGCCUCGGGGGUGUAAGACCCCCCAGAACCUCGGCAUGGACGACGAACUGACCAGCCCGGGCCAACUGGCCAGAGGACGCUGGGCCUGCCAAACCUGCACCUUUGAGAAUGAGUCGGCCACAGUCCUGUGCGCCGUCUGCGAGAGGCCGCGCCUAGCUGGGAGACCGGGCACCGGCGAUGCCAAGCCCCUGAUAGCCUGGGGGGAAGAGGGCGGAUCCCAGCAGGAAGAUGCUCCCAGCUGGCAGUGUGAACACUGCACUUUCCGCAACAAUGGCAGCGGACGGAUCUGCGAGAUGUGCCACUGCACCAGCCUGCACGGCGAUCCCCAGCCCCCCAGCCUCGCCCGGACGGAGAAAGAGGAGGUGGGCAGGCUGAAGCGAGAGGUGGUGGAAUCCCCCGGGGAGUCCCAGGGUCUGUGUCGAGCCCCAUCGGCCUCGUCCGAGGAAGUAGAGCAUCAGAGGCAGGAGAAGCUGCGGGACGACGGGCAGAAGAUGGUGGCCAUGAUCAGGGUGAGUUCUCCCCGCAGCCCCAAUCAGUUUUGA